AUGUCUGAACAAACAAAAUCAUCAGGAUCUAAAGGAAAGAGGAAUUUCCGUAGAACUCAGGGACCACAAACUGGUAAUCGUAAAAAUAAUCAAACAAAUGGUCAUGGUCAUGGUCAUGGUCAAAAUAAAAGGGAAAACGAAGAUGAGGACGACGAUGAUAACUAUUGUUUGAUAUGUGCAGAAAAAUUAAACUACGUGUCAUUGACUCCAUGUAAUCAUAAAACAUGUAAUAAAUGUGGCUUUAAACAACUUGCAUUAUUUGAAAAGAAAAAUUGUAUGAUCUGUAGAACAGAACUGACUGAAGUUAUAUUCACAACAAAUGAUAUUACUAAAAAUUAUAAGCAUACUUAUUCUGAGGUAUUUAAUAAUUAUAAGAAAACAUUUGUACAGGAUUCAAUGUAUCCUUUCAUUAAUUUUACUAAUGAUGAUAUUCGUAAAGAGACAAUAGAUUUAUUGAAAUUUUAUUGCGAAAUAUGUGGUGAUCAUAAGGAGGAUUUUGGUUCUUUCCAAAAAUUACAUGAACAUUUAAGGUCCGAGCAUAAUAAAGCAUUAUGUAUGAUUUGUGCAACUCAUAAAAACGCAUUCCCUUCAGAAUUAACAAUAUUUACCCCGAAUCAAUUGAGAAAUCAUCAAUCUAAAGGUGAAAGUGAUCAAGGUUUUAAAGGUCAUCCAAUGUGUGCUUUUUGUUCAGGAAGAAGAUUUUAUUCUGAUGAUGAAUUAUAUCUUCAUAUGAGAGAAAAACACGAGAAAUGCCAUAUUUGUGAUAAAAUUGAUCAUAAUAAUCCACAAUAUUUCAAAGAUUAUGAUCAACUAUUUGAACAUUUUAAACAUUAUCAUUAUAUUUGUACAGUACCUUCAUGUCUUGAAAUGAAAUUUGUUGUCUUUAAGGAUGAAUUAGAGCUACAAGCUCAUAUUUUACAAGAACAUGGUAGCAUUAUUAAAGGGAAACCUAAAUUUUUCCAAUCUGAACUUUCUACAUUCAUUUCUGCCCCUUCAAGAGUCAUUAGAGAAGAUGGUGGUAAUAAUGAUGUAUCUUCGUUGGCUUCAUUAGGGUCAUCAGCAUCAUCAUCUACAGGAAGGUUAAACUCAAACAGAAACCGUCGCACUGAUGAUUCUGAUUUAAUUGCUACACCUGAGAUGAGUCAACAUAGAAUGGAAGAACGUGCCAAAUAUUAUUUGGAUAAUUCAGAAGAAGGUUACGAAAGGUUUUUAAAAUAUAAUCAAGAAUAUGACAAAGGUAGAUUAACAGCUCUUAAUCUAUUAGAAAGUUACAGAAAUUUAUUUACGACUCAACAAUCUGAUAUUUAUCUUUUAAUUAGAAACUUAUCUGAAACUUAUCCAAGAAAUUCUAACAAAUACAGAGAAUUAAACAACAUUUAUUCUGCCAAUGAACAACGGAUGGAAAGACAAAAUACAAAUUCAAAUUUACCUUCCCUAACUGAUGACAGAUCUUUCUCAGUUCCUGUCGUGUCAGGUAAAUGGGGUAAUGCAGGUGCUGUUUCAUCCAAGAGUGUGAUUAAGAAUUUACCAUCAUUACCUACUUCUAACCAUGUUGAUCCCUUUGCAAAUCCUUACAAUAUCAGAACCUCUAAACCAGUUAGAAAGAGUACUACAAAUAUAGCAGCUACAUAUGGUGGUAAUGUCGGAAGCGGUUAUAACAAUAGAACAUCAUUAAGUAGCAAUAGUGUCAACUUCACCCAAUCUUUUGCAGAUUCACAAAGAUCCGAUUCAUCAUCAAGUAAAUCAUAUGCUAAUAAUAACAACAACAAGUCGAAAGAUAAAUUAUCUCAAUUAAAUCUACCAUCCUUACCGACACCAAAACCAAGAGUUGUAAUUCCACCUGUACACAGGACUAUCAUUCCAAACCCAAAGAGUUGGGGUAAGAAUGAUCCACAGCCUAAUAGUAGAAGUCAAAGUAAUCUUGAUGAUCCAAAUACGUUGGAUUUAUCUGGUUUAACAGUGAAGCCUGCUAGAGGUGGUAAAGGUAAGAAGAAGGGUAAUCAAAAACAAUUAUUAUUCCAUAUUGGUGUUUAG